ACAUAAACUUGUUGACAUAAUAUAAAAGAGCAUGGGCAAAAGAAACUCAAGACAUCUUCUUGUAAGUUGUUGUCCUGAUCUAUAACGUGUGCAACGCAUACAAGAACUAGAAUCUUGUAUUGCAGUCUCAUCACAGUAUGUCGACCGGAAAAGCGCCGGAGAAGUCCAACUUUAACCGGAGAUGUAGUCUGCUCAGUCGGUACUUGAAGGAGAAGGGAAGUUUUGGGAAUAUAGAUAUAGGCCUGGCUCGAAACUCCGAUCCUGGGUUAGCCGGAAAAUCUGAUCUUAGAGCUCAACAAAAUGCAAUAAAGAAGGCAGACAUUUCUGAAACUAGACCCUUCAAGUUGACUCAGAAGCAGCUUUCAGUAGGUGAAACCUCUAUUUCUUCCAGAGGCAAAGCCAUAGAUGUCGUCGAUCUAAGUGAACCGAGAAACGUACCGGAGGAGCCUAAAACUUCCCAGUUGACCAUAUUUUUCGGCAGUAAAGUUAUAGUUUACAACGAGUUUCCUGAAGACAAAGCCAAGGAGAUAAUAGAAGCAGCCAAAGAAGCAAACCCAGUUGCUGUUGAGUCAAAGAACAUUCAGAACCACAUGAAUCUUGAUAUGAACAUUAACAACAAAAGCAACGUUGUGAUUCCUGACCUGAAUGAACCAACGAGUUCCGGUAACAACGAUGAUCAUCAAACAAAAGAGCAACAUCAAGUCGUGGAACGCAUUGCAAGAAGAGCCUCUCUUCAUCGGUUCUUUUCCAAACGAAAAGACAGGGCUGUAGCUAGAGCUCCAUAUCAAGUGAACCAAAACGGUGGUCAUCUUCCUCCCAAGCCACAAAUGGUCGGUCCAUCGGUAGAGCCAGGACAAUCCUCGCGACAGCCUGCGACACCCUCAAAACCACAGAGACAUAACUAUGUGUCGAUGGAAGUGGACGAAGAAGGACGGUGUUCAAAAGAUCUCGAACUCAAGCUUUAGGAUGUAUCAAAAUUUUAAGAGUGCACGUUUGCAGUUUAACUGAUUCAGGAUUGGAAGCCAUAGAUUGAAUGAUUUAUAGUAUUUCGUUUACUUUUUUUGUCAAAAUAUGUAAUUCCAUCUGGUUUAGAUUCUUCGCAAUUGUAUUACAUAGUCAUACUUUCUACUUUCUAGAUAUACUCGUUUCUCAAUCUGGUUAUAGAUUCUCUAGAGUGUGUGGUAAGAUAUUUUGGCCUUCUCUUAUAUUCCAAAAACAUUCCACAA